UAACAACGUCUGUAAUCAGGCGAAGGAAUUAUAGUUUCGUCGCCAUGAACAUUUUGGCACCUAGUUAUGAUUGGUUUACUGGACUUUUGAUCCAUUUUUAGAUAUAUGUCGGAAGACCAACUAAUGGAGUUUUGAUCUAAAAUUUCGUCUAUUGAUAGGUCCAAUGAUUGACUCUUAGGAUAUCCGGAAAGUUUCAGCUGAAAAGAAUGUUCGUUCAUCGAGUCAUUGAAUUUUCAAGUGAAUUUGAUUUUUGUGACAAAGGACUAUUUUUGAAAAUUCAAUAUCUUAACGAAGGGAUUUGACGGAUUUGGUGCCGAAAAUCUACAAUCUUUGUAGGAGGUAGGGAAAUUCAAAUACAACUCCAGUUAAAUUGAAGAAUUGGAUUUUGCGCAUGCCUACUCUCAAUAGUGAGCACCUCCAUAAAAUGAGUACUUUACGCCAAUCUCGAUGAUGCUCACAUUAGUGAGGUUUUGCUUUAUGGAAAAUAAGAGUUAUUGAGAUAUAAAAACGACAUUAUUCAUUUAUUAAAUGCAUCUUAUAUGUUAUUAAACGAGAAAGCUUAAUACAAAUCUUUCAUUUGAAAAAAAUAACGCAGACAAAUUUUUCUCAAGUUUAUAUUUUGUAUUUGCAUGAAAAUAUUCAUCAAAAAUUCCAUUUACAUUCUUAAUCCAUUUAAAUAAUCAAUAAAUAUUCUAUGAAUAGGAAAAAAUAGCUGCUGCUCAUCUAUCACCAUUAGUCGAUAUAAAUAGUUCAACAAGUGUUCUUUAUGGUCUUCCACAACGUAUUGUUGCUGCUGAAUCACUUGUUUUUCUUGCUGAGCAAUUUGAUUUCCUUCUUCCAUAUUUAAAAUUAAUGAUUCCAACUGAUCGUCAUACAUUUUUAACACAAUUUUAUUCUCAAACUAUACAAGUAGCACAUGAAUUACGUAUUCCAAUAUAUCAUAAUGUUUCAGCUAAUAUUCUUGAUUAUAUGUCAAUAGCAUUAAUGAUAAGUAAAGUUAAUUGGGAUAUAGGAGAAAUUUUAACACAACAUAAUGUUUAUGUUGAUAUACUUGCAAAUGAAUUACAAACAUUUCGAAAUCGUUUCGAUCAUAUUAAUGAACAAUUAUUAUCUAUACCAAAAGCUGUUUAUAGAACAAUAUGGGAUCAAAUAUUAGAUAAAAUAUUUUAUACAAUGGUUGAAGGGUAUGCAAGUGCUAAACGAUGCAGUAAUGAGGGUCGAGCAUUAAUGCAACUCGAUUUUCAACAAUUACUUCGAAGAUUAGAACGUAUUAUUGAAGAUCUUAAACCUUUACCACAUAAAGAAUUUGUUGAAAAUUAUAUAAAAGCUUAUUAUUUACCUGAACAAUCAAUUGAUCAAUGGAUUCGAGAUAAUACAAUGUAUACAAUAAAACAACGAAUGGCAUUAGUAACAAUGAUGUCACAUUUAAGUAAAAAGAAACGUGCACAAUUAGCACAAUAUCUUGAUGAACAAGAUCGAUCUCGUACUCCAGUAUUAACAACCUAA